CGCACGCAUUGCAGGUAGACUGAUGAUUCCAGCUCAGUCGUGUUCUGAACGUCGCGUGGGUGGCACGCUGUCGCGCACGCCGUAUUUCCCGCGAAAAUUUUACGUACGAUUUAAAAUCGCAAUUUUCUAAGAAAAGACGUUGAUAUCGCGUUCAGCUAUUGUUAAUGUUCAGUUGAUGUGUGGCGUUGAUUAAUUUGUUUGAAAUUGUACUGUGGUUUUAGAAUUGUGUGCGGAACAGGAGCGGCCGAACGGAUUAAUCUAUUUUUUUUUUCGUGUUAAAACAAUAAAAAGUAAGUCCAGAUCAACGGACGAGUUUAUGCGAGAGCAAGCAAGCAGGUGUACCCUCGGACUUAUGCUAAUAUCGUAAGCAUCUUGAAUAAAGAUCCAACAGCCGAGUACAAGUGAAGUGUUCAAAAUACAUGUCCCAAAAAUCUCAACGAUAAGUGUCAGUGUUCAUGUGGGGUGAGACUAGCUGAUCGCCCUGGCGUGGUACGGGCCCGGUGGGGGCGCGAUGCAGGCGGGGGGCGGCUGGUUCCUGCCCUGGACCAUGGGCCUGCAGAAGUUUGCAGUGGCCCUGCCGAUGGGGGGCGUGGUGCCGUUAGUACCGCCGCUGCUCGCUGCCCUGCCGCCGGCACCCCCUCCUUUGAGGCUUAUCGCGCCGCCUCAGUUGCCUCAUCAGCAGCCUGGGAGAAAGGGAGAAAAAGACAACGGAAAGAAUUGCAUAUUAUCCUGUGAAAAGAGGAAAGCAGAUGACACGGAUAUUAAUAAGGACUUAAAAAAGGCGAAGUUAGAAACAAAGGCCCUGAAAGCGAAAAGACCGGGCUUUACAGAUGACCGGUACAACGAAACGUCUUAUUAUAUUGAAAAUGGACUCAGAAAAGUCUACCCAUACUACUUUACGUUCACAACAUUCACCAAAGGAAGGUGGGUUGGGGAGAAGAUCCUCGAUGUUUUCGCACGAGAGUUCAGAGCCCAUCCCGCCGCUGAGUACGAGCGAUGCAUCAGGGCUGGUACCCUCACCGUCAACUAUGAACGAGUUGACCCCGACUACAGAUUGAAGCACAACGAUCUUCUAGCAAACGUCGUCCAUAGGCACGAAGUACCGGUGACCAGCCAACCGAUCACCCUCGUUCAUAUCGACGAGGACAUUGUGGUUGUCAACAAACCGGCCUCUAUCCCCGUUCAUCCAUGUGGAAGAUACCGGCACAACACCGUCGUUUUUAUACUCGCAAAAGAGUACAACUUGAAGAACUUAAGGACCAUUCACAGACUCGACAGGCUAACGUCAGGUCUCCUACUAUUUGGAAGGAGUCCAAAGAAGGCGAGACAGAUGGAACAUCAGAUCAGGAACAGACAAGUACAGAAGGAGUACGUCUGUAGAGUCGACGGAGAAUUCCCAGAUGAUGAAAUCGAAUGCCAAGAGCCGAUAGAAGUCGUGAGCUACAAGAUCGGAGUCUGCAAGGUGUCUCCGAAAGGCAAGGACUGUUCCACCGUGUUCAAGCGGCUUGGGUACAACGUGAACAGCAACACCAGUGUCGUGCUCUGCAAGCCUAAGACCGGCAGGAUGCAUCAGAUUAGAGUGCACUUGCAGUAUUUGGGUUACCCAGUAGUAAACGACCCUCUGUACAACCACCCGGUCUUCGGUCCCCUCCGAGGUAAGGGCGGGGACACGGGAGGCAAAACAGAUGAGCAGCUAGUGAGAGACCUGAUAGCUAUCCACAACGCUGAGAACUGGCUGGGAGUCGAUGCUGCUGAUGAUGAUCUGCUGUUCUCUAAGCCGGUGUCUGAUGAUAAAGUUGGUGAGGAUGACUGCGACACAGGACCUGCUUCAAGAGAGUCGUCGCCGAGGUUAGAGUCACCAGCACCAGGAGUCACGCCUUCAUCUAUCAUGACCCCAACUCUCCCGAGUCCGUCAAGCGGCGCGGAGGCUCCAUCAGAGGUGAACUCUCCCGCGCCUUGCACACUGGCGCCGUCACCCGUCGCCUCGCCAUCAUUCAAUGACGACUCCAAUGAUGCUAAGUCAGACAAAGUGACAGUGGCGACCCAAACGGGCUGCACCCCAGCGGCAUCCAGCCACGCCAGCGGGCUGGCCACCAGCUCGGCGAGCGGGUCCAAUGAUGCCCUGUCCUCCGACCCUCACUGUUACGAGUGCCGCGUCAGGUACCGGGACCCAAGGCCUAGGGACCUCGUUAUGUACCUUCAUGCUUGGAAAUACAAGGGCCCCGGCUGGGAAUACGAAACUGAACUGCCGCUGUGGGCCAGCAUCGACUGGGAUGAACCAGAGAACUCAUAGUUACAGGAAUUGACACCUCUCAGGACGCGCCUCGCCUCGACUCUGGUCAUCAACUAAUAGCAAAAACAAAAGAAAACCAUAAAAUAAUUGUUUCAAAUAUCGAAUGCGAAUAGUUUUAAAUGAAUGUUCUGUCGCUUAUUCCUUUUUCAAAACCUUUUUGUAUAAGGCAGAAUUGCAUUUGUCAAAAUUGUUUGAAUUUAGAAAACGGUCGGUUGCACCAUUUAACUGUGGUACCAUUUUCAGUUGUCAAAUCGCUGAUUUAACCUACGGGAGGCGUGUACGGCUGGUUAUGAUUUGGUUCUCGUUAUAGUAAAAUGGUGCAACUCACCCUUAUUUGUUACAUUGACAAUAUUGAUUUACGUCGUUGUAUGUUUCUUGUUCCAAAAGUAGUGAAAUAUUGUAAUAUGUUACAUGUUGUUGCAUAAAAUUUUGUUAAAAACGAUAGUUUAAAUGUUACUGUUUAUUCAAUUCGAUUUGUUAAUUAUUGUAAAUCAAUGCCUAUUAAUUACAAAGGCCUUAACAACUUACUAUUUUUAUGGUUUAUUUCAAUAAUUUAGAAGCCUUAUUACGUAACAAACUGCCAUUCACAAUGGCUUUGAUAUGACAAGAUGAAUUGCUAUCGCCAAGCAAUUUGAAUUGUCAAAUGGAAGCGAUUGCAAAUGUGUCAAUGUUAUGCAAUAGAUGUUCGUUUUACCUAAAAAAAAGGUUAUAUACCAAAUUGCGAGGCGCCCUAAACGACAUUACUAACUUGGCUGUUACUAUCACAGUGCUCUAAGGUAAGUUUUGUAAUUAACGUAAGUGAGAGUUAGUCUAAGAAUACAGUUAUUUUACGAGCGUUGAAAAUCGCAGUUCUGAAAAAAUAACAUUGAAGAAAUUUUAGUCGACUUUAGAGCACAUUUCGAUUUUCUCUAUAGCGAUUUUUUUGACAAUUCUUUUAGAUUUACUUAUAUCAUUUUUGUUCGUUCAGUUCCUAUCGGCCUAAAAAUAUUUGGUCAAGCUUUUUAGUGACGUAGUUAUUGUAAGGGAAAUGUAACAAUUUGUAAUAUGUACCAUUAAAAUAGUUAUAUCGCUUAAACGAGGCAGGGUCAGAACCACAAUCAUAAAUGAAUUAUAUUAAAAUGAUAAUCAUUUUUAAAAAGAAACAAUGGGAUAGCUCUUCUAAUCUUAUGUCGGAGUUUAGGCGAAAUUUUGACUAAAUAACCCGCCAAAUGUAAUUUUAAUAGUGACUAAAUGACAAAAUAUAUUUUAGUCAUUUUUAAAAUAAAUUUUAAAGCUGGUUACAUCUAUGACAGAAACAUUUGUUUUCGUCAUUUUUAAAAUAACGUUUGGGAGAGGGAUAAUAUUUCAUUUCAAUUGAAUAUUGGACCACUGCUAUAUUUUCUUAUUAUCUUGAAAAAAAAACGUAUAAUAGGACCACUGUUUAAUAGAAAAGCUAUCUCUGUAAUAUUAGAUGCGUACGUUUACAAUAAAUGCAUAGGUAAAUUAAAGUAACAAUAAAAAUAAUAUGUCGCAUUUUUUUAGGUGGCGUUUGUAGCAACCCACCACUUUUGGCUUCCAUAGUUUUGAAGUAGAAAUUUAAAUAUUUGGAGAUAAAACCAUAAAAUUUUGUACUUUACAUACAUCAAGGAAAUUAAAAUUUUAAUAAUUCAUUACUGACGUUAGAGGCCAGUUGUGAUAUGCAUUUAAUGUAUCUAUUAUUUUUAAUACCUACCAUCUUUUAAAAGACAGCUUUCAAAACGGUUUUUACUUAAAACAAACAUGACUAAAUAAUAAAGACAGUCUAUUCCGCAAACUCAAAGCAGCAGAUCCUAAAGACAUAUAAAAAAUCGUUUGUUUUUUUUUUCUUUUUAAGUUUUCGAGUGUCUAGGGUUAAGUGAAAAGGGCGUAUACAGUUUUUGGAUUUUUAGUCAAUUUUAAAAUAAUUUUAAAUUUUGGUUCUUUUGAGCCUGUGUGUAUAUGUCCUUGCCAGUUCCAGUUUGUUUUUCUUUUUUUCAAAAUAUUGGAUUGUUUUGGUACUUUUUAAAACGCGGGAACGUGUAUGAUCGUUUGUAUCUAUUAGUGUACUGUAGUAUUAAAAAUGUAAAAGACAUUUUAUUGUGACACUAUGGUUUUUGUGUGCGAUGCUUUUUAUUUCUACAUAAAAAUUUAAAAAAUCUUAAUACAUUUAAUUUAAUUAAAGUAAAAUUUGUAACAAAAUAAGGUUCGCCUACAAUAUUAUAAUCAAACUUGAUUCUCAGUAAAAACAGGAUUUUGUGUAAUAAAUAAAAAGCAACGCAUACAAAAAUACCCUAAAUAUAUUAUUCUCACGAGCUUUCGUAAUAUUAGUUUGAUAUAUAAAAAAAGUAUAUAUUUUUCUUACUUCUAGCGUAGUGGUAGCGAGCGAUAUACAUUGUUUUUUGUUAUUUAUUAUGAAAUUGACUAUGAUUUUGGAAUAAAUCUCUUACUAGAACUAUUAAUGGUUUAAUUGACACAAUAAAUAACCGUUUGAAAAAUAUUAAGAUCCUGGCAUUUUUUGAAAGGAACAUUUUUUUCUUACUACACACUCACUCUACACAAAAAUAAAAGUAUUUUUUUCUUCUUGAAGAUGUUGGGUCCUUAUUCCGUAUCAUAGCAAUUUCACUGUUAUUGCUAUCGGCUAUGCAAGUGUACAUGUAAAUAAGCUAAUUCUUAUUCUGUGCUUUCUGUUCAAGCUGAAAUCAUGCUGGCAAACCAUUAUCUGUUUUGGGAACAAAACCAUUGAUAUUUAAGAAACGGUAAAGUUUGAGAUAAAAAUAUUUAAAAAGAAAGUCAAACAAAAUACCUCUGUUUUAGUUCAAUAAUCCAAAUAUUCGUGUUUUAAUUUUUUUAUAUCUAUAAUUAUAGAACAUUGUAAAAUACGGUAGUGUGUACAAAAUAAGGUAUGUGGCAUAUCACCUAGGUACCACUUUAAAUUGUUUGACGUGCUGACGUUCUUAAAAUACGUGAAAAACCUAAUUUUUGAAAGCGAAAGAAAAUACAUUAAUAAUGUACUUACUUUUUCACCUUCGAGCGAUCAACAUGUCAAACAAUUUUUAUCCGAAAGUAUAUUGUUGUAUUUUUAUAUAGUAUGUAAGACCCGUUCAUAAUAUAUAUACUGUUACACGUAAAGUGAAUUACAGAACGAUAAUUGAGCUUGAAGAAAGGCUGGCGACGUAUUUGCGAUUUUCUUUAAAGGUAACAACACACUUGCGACUAAAAAUCGCAAAACUUUAUGAAUAAAAUAAUAAUUUAACUUCGCUUUUUAGUGAAAACUAGGAUGAGUUGAAAUAUUUCAGUUUUAGUUCGUCGCGCUGUCGAUUCAUUUAUUUAUAAGAAAAUUUUCAUGUGCCUUCUCAAAAUAAUGGUAAAAAAAUAAAGAUAAAAUUGUAAAAUGUUUUUAAUUACAGUUACAUAUAAUUGUUACACUUUUUAACAUAAGUAGUGUUACAUUUGGCACAGACGAGCUUCGUAUUGUAAAAUGCGGGUAGAGGACAACGUGAACAUAUUUACGAAAAAUAAAUUAGUAUAAAAAUGCAACGAAAAUAAUAGCUUUUUCACGACACUGAUUAGUAAACUUGUAAUUUUAUACAACCAGGUUAGAAGUAAAUAUUAAAGGCCUCAAAAAUAUACACCGUAUAGUAAUAGAAAUAAAAAAUAAAAA